GGUACACAACCCAAAUCUUAAUUGUGGCAUUAUUAUUAUUAUUAUUAUUAUUAUUAUUAUUAUUAUUAUUAAUAGGUUUGAAAUAUAAUCCCACAAGCAUCAUGUUCAUAAAUGUGCCCACCAUAUCAAAGUUGCAAUGGCAUCCUUUUACUAUCACAUCCAAUUGUAAUAUGGAAGAGGACACAAUGAGUGCCAUUGUCAAAUGUGAAGGAAGUUGGACCAAGAAGCUUUUUGAUCUUAUGUCUUCUCCUUCACCACUUGACUCCCUUCAAGUCUCAGUUGAAGGACCAUAUGGACCUGCACAAACUGAUUUUCUAAGGCAUGAUGUGUUAGUGAUGAUAAGUGGAGGAAGUGGGAUAACCCCUUUCAUAUCCAUCAUCAAAGAAGUCAUUAUAUCCUCAUCUCAAAACCAAAAAAACCUCAAACUCAUACUCAUAGCCAUCUUCAAAAACUCAUCACAUCUCUCCACAUUGGACCUUCUCCUCCCCCUCUCAACCACAACUCCUCCAACCAUUCCCAACCAUCUUGACAUCCAAAUUGAGGCCUACAUAACUAGAGAAACCAAGCCAACAACCGUGCAAAAACCCGAACCGGUUCGGACGGUUUGGUUCAAACCCAGAGGCUCAGACACGCCAAUAUCGCCCGUCUUGGGCCCACACGGGUGGCUCUGGCUAGCGGCGAUCAUCUCGGCUUCGUUCCUCGUCUACCUUCUCCUCGUCGGAGUACUUUACCAGUACUACGUGUACCCCAUGGACCAUGGGACCAACCUGGUUUUCCCAUACCACACAAGGGCAUUGCUGAACUUGUUGUUCAUGUGCUUUGGCAUUGGUGUCUCGGCCAGUGCAGCUUUCUUGUGGAACAAGAAGAAGAUGGCUAUGGAGGCUAAUAAGAAGAUUCUAGAAACUGGAGAUUCCUCAUCUUUAGGCUCUGGCCAUGACGAUCAUCAAGAACUGGAAAGCUUUCCUGCUCAAUCUCUCAACAAGAUGAUUAACACUCAUUACUGCACAAGACCUGACCUCAAGAGAAUUAUAACGGAAAUAAAAGGGUCGAGUGUGGGAGUGCUUGCCUCCGGACCCAAGACUCUGAGGCACGAUGUUGCCGCCAUUUGUUCUUCUGGCCUUCUCAGUGACGUCACCUUUGAGUCAAAUAGUUUCAACUGGUGAUUGAUUGGUUAGGGUAUUAAAUAUUAUUAGUGUGUGUAUUUAUAUUUUUGUUUCUUAAUAAUUUAAAGUACACACACAUUUCAUUCUCUAAACGUGGAGCAUUGUGUAUAAAUAUAUAUAUUUGUGGGUGGAAAAUAAUGACACUACUAGAUG